AUGUCCUCUGACACGGUUGAUAAUCAAAUUGAUCAAGAUCUUAUUCUUAAUCCGAGUGGGAAUGGGAACUCUCAAUCCCAAAAUCCUUCUGACGAACCUGAAUUUCAACUACGAAAGAGUGCCAGGAAAAAUAUACCCAAAUGUACUUAUGAGAUUGAAGAUUAUAUUUUCUUGGUAUCUCCCACAGAAAUGGAUGAGCCAAAGUCUGUGACUGAGGCUUUAUCGAGCCCUGGAAAAAAUGAGUGGAUGAAAGCAAUGAAAGAAGAAUUAAAAUCUAUAAAAAUUAACAAAGUCUGGGAUCUAGUUGACCUUCUGUCUGGGCAUAGAGCCAUUGGGAACAAAUGGGUUCUCAAAGUUAAACGCAAAGCGGAUGGGUCAAUAGAAAGAUACAAGGCACGAUUGGUGGCAAAAGGCUUUUCUCAAGAAGCUGGAAUAGAUUAUUAG